CAGCGAAUGUGUGAUGAAAUGCUGUAAAACUAUGAAAUAAAUCCAAAAAGCCUUGUUUGUGCGAAACUAUGGGUGCAAGCACUGGUCGCUCGGGUAGGCCUGAGAACGACGACGCUAAAGCCAGAACGCGCGUCGCAUGGUCCUCGGACGAAGAGCCAGAGUCAAGCAGCGCGGGUCGACGCUCUAAAAGCUACUCCAAGCGGCGACGUGACCCGAGAAAGCGCGCGGCAGAUGCACCCAGGCCUCAGCUCUACGUUGACCGUCGCCGGAAAUUCGACAGUGCUGUAGUCAGAGACGGGAAGAAUCUCUGGCUUCCUCCGGACUACUCUGGCUUUUCUGUCUUUGGAAAUCACGGGUCAUCGCUGAAACAAUCAUAUGAUACUCGACCUUCUUUCCCUGGCAGCAGUCCGCACGCGCCUUAUGCCGAUCUGGUCCUAGACUCUGGCGGCACCAUCCCUGCUCCAGUCGCGCAAUGGCUACGGCCGUAUCAGAUCGACGGCGUAGCAGCCUUACACGAGCGAUAUGUGAAGCAGUCAGGGUUCUUGCUGUGUGAUGACAUGGGUCUCGGGAAAACGAUCCAGGUCAUUGCGUUUCUUACUGCCGCGUUUGGGAAGACCGCGGACUCGCGCGAUGCGUCGAGAAUGAGAGUUAUGAGAGACGCAGGGCGGCGGUAUCCUCGCGUGCUGAUAAUCUGUCCUGGCACGCUGUUUGAUAACUGGACGGCCGAGUUGAAAACCUGGGGGUGGUGGGUCGUCGACGUCUACCACGGUGCAAAGAAAGAUGAAGUUCUCGCGGCGGCUGAGGCGGGUAGUCUCGAAAUCAUGCUCACAGCCUAUCAGACAUACCAGAUCCACGAGAGCAAGAUCAAUAUGAUCGAAUGGGACUGCUGCAUCGCCGACGAAUGCCACCUGAUCAAAGAGCAAACAUCCAAGAUCUCUGCCGCUCUUGUUAACGUCAACAGUCUCUGCCGAAUCGGACUGACCGGCACGGCGCUGCAAAACAAGUACGAAGACCUGUGGACGUUGCUCGAUUGGGCGAAUCCUGGUGCGGUCGGGAGCCGGAAGAGUUGGAUGCAGAUGAUCAGUGCGCCAUUGAAAGCGGGACAGUCUCAUAAUGCGACCGCCAAUGCGCUAGCGAAAGCAAGAGUAACUGCCAUGAAGCUUCGAGACAAUGUGCUCAGCUUAUUUCUCCUAAGAAGAACAAAGGAAUUGAUAGCAGACCAACUCCCCAAAAAGCGUGACAUGGUAGUCUUUUGCGACCUCUCCCCUCUCCAGAAAGAAGCCUACCAAAACUAUUUCCAGUCCGAUGACGAGCUCUUCAAGGACGAAGACGCUGCGUCAGAGCAUUUCUUGUCAAAGUGUACUACUGGGUUGAAAAUGGCUGAUCAUCUUGCUUUGUGCUUACCAAGAAACGAAGAAGACAAAGAAGAAAAACAGAAAUCAAGCAGGAUCCUAUCCCAAGCGCUUCCGAAUGACUGGCAAAGACUAAUGUCGCGCUCGCCGGUGGUCAACUACUCUGAUCCCGAAUUGUGCGGAAAAUGGAAGAUCUUGCGCCGUCUAUUACAGCACUGGCGGCGGACGGGCGACAAGGUCUUGCUGUUUAGCUACUCGACCCGGAUGCUCGAUAUGAUUGAUCACCUUCUGACGUCGUAUGGGAAUUAUUCGUUUUGUCGACUGGAUGGGUCGAUGACGUACCUUGAGAGACAGAGACAGGUCGACAAGUACAACAACGACCCCUCGCUUUUCAUCUUCCUGAUCUCCACCCGGGCCGGCGGCGUAGGCCUAAACCUAGUCUCAGCCAACCGCGUCGUUCUGUGGGACCUGAACUGGAACCCGACGCACGAUCUGCAAGCGAUGGAUCGCGCGUUCAGGCUAGGUCAGAAGCGCGAUGUGGAGGUGUACAGACUGGUUUCGGCGGGGACGAUCGAGGAGAUUAUCUACGCGCGGCAGAUUUAUAAGCAGCAGCAGGCGAAUAUUGCGUAUACUGCUUCGAUGGAGAGGAGGUAUUUUGAUGGGGUUGCGGGGGAGAAAGGACAGGCCGGUGAAUUGUUUGGUCUUCGCAACAUACUAUCAUACAAUCAAAAGAACUCAAGUCUCAGAAACAUCGUCAACCGAACAAAUAUCGCAGAAGCCGUCUCCGCAGAAACAGGUCUUGACAUCCAAGAGCUCAAACUUCGCAGCGGCGGUGAAGAGCCCAGCGACGAGAUCGAGGACGAAGGCGUCAAGAAAUCAGCAAAUGCAGGUCUUUCAGACGACGAGUCCAUGGAGCAGAAUUUCAAGACUCUGCUGGCUGAUAACCCGGCGGUCAAGAGCAACAGCGGCGGCGGCGGCGGAAGUCCGCGGAAGAAACGACGGCGGAUCGAUCCAGUGACUGCGAUCUUGGACGCCGUCGGCGUAAAGUACGCGCACGACCACGGCGACGUCGUGGGGCCGUCGAGGGUGGAGCAGCAGAUUAGUAAAGAUGCAAUCAGGCGGUUUGAAGACGAACGGCUACGAGGCGACGACCGAGCUAUUUUCGAUCGUCGGCGCGGGGAUGAAGAAGGUGUUUUGUUUCAUCCGCCGCAGGACGUGCGCUGUAGACAGUUGAACUCGAUUGCCAGGCAUUUUGGCUAUGAGUCGACAGUGGAGUUUGGGUUGUAUGUCGAGAGUCUUAGUAUUGACCGAAGACGGGAACUUCUGAGUCAAUUCUACAGAGAGAUGGAGUGAAUUUCUUUUUCAUGUGUAAAUAGUGCAAUAUCAGGU